AUGCCUCCUAGAGCGAGGCCUGUUAAGCCAGUCAACAGAAUGGUCCCUGAUGCUAACGCUGCCACUGCUGCUACGCUGAAGACUCCGACUGCUGGUCCAUCUGCUCGUCCCGUGUUGGCUACGGCGGUCCCGUCGAAGUCGUCACGCACUCUGUUCGCAGAGGAUGAUUCGGAAUCGCUGACGCUGUCUGCCAAGCUGGCGGCUCUCAGGAUUGAGCAAGCUGCUGGCGGGAAAGAAGACAAAGGCAAGGGGAAAGAUGCGGAUGUUAAGGAUGCUGUCUCUGAUGCGGAUGAUGAUGCUUCUGGCGACGAGGAUCACGACGCACCUGAUGCUACUCGCCGUUAUAACUUCAUGGAUGACGAGGAUGAUGGGCUUCAGGCGCAUGAUCCGAAGGAGUGUUUUGAAGACAAAGCGAAGGAGGAUCUGGCAGCGAAGCUUCGGUUUCCGCUCACCCUGCUGAUACCAAGUGACCAUUUGCAGGAAGUCCGCCGUACGCAGGCGACCGUUAAGGAGCUGCUGGGGAUGUGGGGGAAUGAACUCACAAAGCACGCGGCAAAGACGACUUUCCAGGAGCUGGAUCCAAGUUAUAUUGCGAAGAGGGUUUAUGGUCGCAUGCAAGUGAUUUUCGUCGCUGCUUCUGAUGCUAACUUUGUUUGGCGUAAUCGUGUCGAGCACCAUGGCAAGCUGAUGCUGGCUGGGGAUCUUAAUGUUGUGGAAGACCCGAUUCUGGACAGGUCCCCGGUGGGUGGUUCGUCUGGGGAAAACGCCAGGAUGCUGCAGUUGUUCAGCGGCUUGCACAUGGUGGACGCGUUCAGGAUGCUCAACCCGAGCGGCCGCGAGUACACCUUCUAUGCGGGUGCAACGAAGUCAAGCUCCAGGAUUGACCGCAUCUUAGUAUCGGCGGAGCUGCUCCCUUCGGUGGCGGAGGCGGUUCACACCCGCUCGCUGAGGGGCAUCUCGGAUCACAAGUGUGGUAUCAAGGUGGUGCUGCAGGCGAGCCUGAGACUUCACUUUGGAGGCCUCCUCACCAAGCUCAAAGCUACGUUAAGGCGCUAUGCGGCGGAGGAACGGAAGCGGGUGCGCGCGACUUUGAGGCACCUGGAGCUUGCAGUUUCCGGUUUGCAGCAGGAGCUGAUGAGAAACCCUCAGAGGGAUGACCUCCGGGUGACCCUGGCGGAGAAAGAGUCGCAGCUGGCAGCAUAUCUGAAAGGGGAGAAUGACAGACUUCACCUCCUGGUGGGUGUGAAGGAGGAAACGAAAGGUGAGAUUGCAUCGCGAGUUCUCUCGGCGAAGGUGAAGUCGAAGAAAGCGCGCACGAUGAUCACGGUUCUGGCCUCGCAUGGGGUGGAGCAGAGGGGCACGAGGGGCAUCCUGGAGGCCGCCUCCCGUUUCUAUGCGCAGCUGUUCGCGGAAGCUCCCCCGUCGGGCCUGCCGUGCUGGAAGCCAGACCCACUGAAAACACUGCGGGAGCAGGAGAAAACUGAGUUAGAGGCGGACUGGUCAGAGGAUGAAGUGAAAAAGGCGUUAAAUGAAAUGGCGUGCGAUAAGUCACCGGGCGGCGAUGGUCUACCGAAGGAGCUUUUCGAACGCCACUGGGAUCUGCUGAGGGAGGAUUUCAUGGGCUUCGUUAAGCAGUUUGAAUCCUCGGCGGUUCUUCCGGAGGAAGUGCAGGAGGCGGUGACCAUCCUGCUGCACAAAAAGGGGCCGAAAGAGCAGGUGCAGAACUACCGACCGAUCACCUUGCUGUCGAGCUGA